GCGGUGCCGGGCUGCAGGCGAGCGCGGAGCGGCAGCCCCGGCGCAGAGCAAGGUGCCGCCGCUGCCCAGCUGUCGAGGGCGGAGAGGAGCCGGCGAAAUCCCGGUCACAGCGGCUUCAACCCGGCAGCGCGGCGGCUCCCUCCCGGCGCUUGGGCUCCCGGGUGUAUGUGUGCGCCUGGCCAUGUCGUAUCCUCAGGGUUACUUGUACCAGCCGUCAGCGUCCUUGGCUCUCUACUCCUGCCCGGCGUACAGCACCAGCGUGAUCUCCGGACCCAGGACCGAUGAACUUGGGAGAUCUUCUUCGGGCUCCGCUUUUUCCCCUUAUGCCGGAUCUACCGCCUUUACAGCCCCUUCCCCGGGUUACAACUCCCACCUCCAGUACGGCACCGACCCGGCCGCCGCUGCCGCCGCCGCCUUCACUUCCUACGUGGGCUCGCCCUACGACCACACGCCGGGCAUGGCCGGCUCCCUGGGGUACCAUCCGUACGCGGCGCCCCUUGGCUCCUACCCUUACGGGGAUCCCGCGUAUCGCAAGAACGCGACGCGGGACGCCACGGCCACCCUCAAGGCCUGGCUCAACGAGCACCGGAAAAACCCCUACCCCACCAAGGGCGAGAAGAUCAUGCUGGCCAUCAUCACCAAAAUGACCCUCACCCAGGUCUCCACCUGGUUCGCCAACGCACGGCGGCGGCUCAAAAAAGAGAACAAAAUGACCUGGACCCCACGGAACCGCAGCGAGGACGAGGAGGAAGAGGAGAAUAUCGACCUGGAGAAGAACGACGAGGACGAGCCCCAGAAACUAGAGGACAAGGGGGACCCAGGGACGCCAGACACAGGAGCGGCAGAUCCCAAAGCAGCGCCGGGCUGCGAGCGCCUCCAGGAGUCCCCCGGCCCUCGGGAGGCCGAGGGCGGCCUCAGCGACUCAGAUUGCAAAGAGCCGGCGGAGGAGCGGCUCGACGGGCCUCCCGCCCCCUCCAAGGCGCCCGGUGCUUCACCACUCGGGCCGUGCCCGGUGAGUCGCGGGCCGCCACCGGCGGGCGGAGAGGAGCCCCCGCCGUACCGCCCACCCUCCGCCGCCGCCGGCCCGCCGCACGCAGCUGACCUCCACCCGCUACUGCCCGCCGCCGCCGGCGCCUCCGUCAUCCACUCGCCUCAGCAGGCGGCUCUCGCCAAGCCCAAGCUCUGGUCCCUGGCCGAGAUCGCCACCUCGGUGGACAAGGCGAAGGAGAAUGGUGGUGAGCCGGUUCCCCCCGGCCCCGCCGUGCUGUGCGGCGGCGGCCCCUCGCGCUCUCCGCCGCGGCCGCGCUCGCCGGCUGCGCAGUGCCCGUUCCCCAACGGGGCGGUCCUGCCGCGGCCGCUCUACUACACGGCUCCCUUCUACCCCGGUUACACGAACUACGGCUCCUUCGGGACCCUGCACGGGCACCCUGCCGGCGGCCCCGCCGCUGCUGCCCCCGGCGCCCAUUUCAAUGGAUUAAACCAGACUGUCCUCAGCAGAGCCGAGAGCCUAGCUAAAGACACUAAAAUGAUCAGGAGCCAGUCCCAGGUAGACCUUUGCAAAGACUCACCUUACGAACUGAAGAAAGCGGGCAGAUAGGUGCAUGGUUGCGGCAAUCCCGCAAGCUGUAAAGAGUCGCGGGGAUCCAUUUAGGACCUUACAGUAGCACCUGAGCCUUUUUCAAAGGGACUGACGCUUUCUAAGAGGAAAACGGGGAGCAGCGGCACCGGGACGGGAGGGACGCCGUUUCCGGAGACGAAGGCUUCAAUCGAGCCAUGCACAAAGGCACUUGUUAGAAACAUCAACUCGAAGCGCAGUCCCGUCUUUUAACCUAAUUACUUCCAAUCAGUGUCGCGUUUUAUGCAAAGCAAUCAGCUGGUGAACUUUGCUAAUGAGUUCGAUUUUCUGCCAGAUUUAGCCCGCAUCGCUGCUGCCGAGGUGCGGUGGCCGGGGACGGGGAUUGCACGGGCAAAGGCCCUCGGUGCGGCGGGGACACCCUGGCCCCGGCCACUUCACCCCCUCCCUGCCACCCGCCGUUUUGCACCGUUGCUCCCAGCCCACGGGACGGCGCGGCCCGGGAUGUCAUCCGCGGCCGCGCAGCCCUGGCCGCGGGCGCGGUGCUUCUCGGCGCUGGCAGGUAGGUGUCACACUCGGCCCGAGUUUGACUCCCGUCGCCCGCUCGCAGGUGCGGGAGCCCCUGGGAGCCUCCACUCUCGGCGCAGAGCCCGCGGCGGGUAGCGGACGGCGGUAGCCGCCGGGGAGGGGGACGGGCCACCGGGGCGCUCCCGGCUGCCAGACGUGCCCUGUGCGCGGGGACAGGCAGCGCCCCGGGCGCCCUUCCCCCGAUUCCGCAGUUCCCCAGCCUGACUGGGGCAGAGAGGGGCCCCGAGGGAGCAUUGGACUGCCCAGCGCGAACCUCAACUACAGAUUCGGUCCCGGUGGCGCGGCGAUCGAGCAGCCCGGGCCCCCCCGAACAAAUAACGACGUGAAACUGCUCCAGCACCCAACUUUGGGACGGGACUUUCCUCGUUCAAAUCGGAUUUUGUGGGUGCCGGUUGUACUCGAGCGCAUCGCCGCCGUGAAGGUGAUGAGGACAUGGUCGGGACCGCCGGGGAUGGUGUCGUCACCCCUCAUUUUGUUUGUUUGGUUUUUUUUUCUUUACGAGACAGAUAAUUAUUUUGUAAUCUCUUCAACUUUGUCAGAGCCAUUUAUUAGCUGUAACGGGUUUAUUCAUGCAUAAUUACAUUUUAGGGGAUCUUAAAUAGUAGUUUGUAUUUUAUGUUUUAAAGAUGAAGUUCGUGUUCACUUCGUUAUACGAUCUUUGUAGGCAAUAUGGUUUAAAAUCAAAAUUGUUUCAAGCUGAAUGUGUAAAGAAUCAAAUAUUACUGGGGAUAAUAGUAUGUUAUUUUGUCACUUUAUAAAUUAUAAAUGAAUUUUAAA